AUGCCCUCCGUAAACCUAAUUCCCCUCCAAACUCUCCGCCUCUCAGCCCACUACAUCCCCUCCCAUGCACACAUCCCCAACACAAGCCCGCACAAUCACCCCCUCCUAGUCUAUCACUCCGCCUUCCCCUCAAACACACUCCCAGCAGUCCUAGAAUCCCACCUCCCCAAAAACUCUCUCAUACCCCAAUGGCGCUACACAAUGUACCAAACCACGCACUACCAUAGCACCACCCACGAAGUGCUUUGCGUAUUCUCCGGUCGCGCCCGCCUGCUCUUCGGCGGUGAAGCCAAUCCAGGGAAAGUGGAAAAGGAGGUCAAGGCUGGAGAUGCGAUUGUGGUGCCGGCGGGUGUGGGACAUCGGUUGCUGGAGGAUUUGGAGGGUGGGUUUGAAAUGGUGGGGGCGUAUCCUAAGGGGUGUAAUUGGGAUAUGUGUUAUGGGGAGGCAGGGGAGGAGGAGAAGGCGAAGGCGAAGGCGGUUGGCAAGGUGGGGUGGUUCAAGAAGGAUCCGCUGUAUGGAGAUGAUGGACCGGUGUUGUGGGGAAAGGAGAGAUUGGAGAAGUGUGGUGGGAAGAAGAAAGAGUGA